UUUCAAAACUUUCUGUACCCAAUAGCAAAUGUUUUAGACUUGGCAUUUUUUAACACUAUAAAGAGCAUUCCCUGCAAUGGUCACCGUCGUGGGAAAUAACAAAAGCGAGCAUAUUUUGAUCCGCCGGGAUUUCCUCUCAAGGCACACAAAAAAGGUUCACUUUACUUCAAUCCCACACCACAUUUAAGGCCAAGAGCUGAAUCCAAACCCGUGUGUGAAAAAUCCCGGAUCGGAUCUUGCUGUUGACAGUCGUCUCCACCGCCGGUGGAGAUUUGAAGGAACUCCGUCGAUGCGCGGAGGUGCAAUCGGGCUGGCACAGUAGUAGUUUUUAGCACGCUUUUGACGGCAUAAAACCCUGUGUCUUUAUCGCCUCCAUCUAUGUUUGGAGGUCUCGAGCCUAUCCCCAAUAAUAGUCCUCAUCUACGCAAAUCAGGAAGUCGACCAGUUGUGUUCGAUAUCGGUGAUCUGGGAAACAGUUCUGAAGAAGAUUUUCUGCUUUCUAAAGAGUCGAAUGAAAUGAAGGGUGGGGUUUCACCGUUGAGCAGUGCUGCAAUUAUGCCUUCUCCUCUUCUUCUGUGGAGGUUCAAGGUACUUUUGUUUUUCGUAUGGGGAUUCAGUUGUUGCAAGAUUGGAUGGGAUUCAGUGAUGAGAAUGAGUGCAGACCUUCGGGAUUUAUUUUUAUAUGAGGCUUUCUUGUAUUAUAAUCCACUUCUCCUUGUGACUAUGAUGGUUUGGCUCUGGGGGAUAAAUUUAUGGGUUUUUGCCCAGGCUAAUGUUGGUUAUGCUAAAAUUUUUGACCUAGACCAAAAUCAUCUGAGUCAUAGAGAGAUAUGGAAGGCAAUAUCAUUUGCUGACUUCUUUUUGGCUGAUAUAUUCACCUCCAUGUCAAAGGUUUUCUCAGAUUUGGAGCGUUCAGUUUGUCGGAUGGUCCAUCGCCAGGUUGCUACAAUUGCAUGGUUUGAAGCAGAUUCUGUAUGCGGGAGUCACGCUGUUGCAAUACCUAUUGUUCUCGUUUUGCCCUAUAUUUUCCGUCUCUUUCAAUGUCUCCGGCAAUACAAGGAUACAAAAGAAAAAACAGCUCUUUUUAAUGCCUUAAAGUAUUCAACAGCAGUACCAGUUAUUUUCCUUUCGGCACUCAAGUAUCAUGUUUUCCCUGAGAAAUGGACGAAUAUAUAUCGGCCUCUAUGGCUACUGUCGAGUUUAUUGAACUCUUUGUAUUCAUUCUACUGGGAUAUUACGCGGGACUGGGACUUGAGUUGCUUCACUCGAAUUUUCAAGUUCAGCAAGCCACAUAUCUUAUCCUACUUGUUAUAUGGAAGGAAAUGGGUGUACUUUUGGGUGAUCGGGAGCAACCUUAUCCUGAGGUGCACUUGGACGUACAAGCUAUCGGCCCAUCUUCGCCAUAACUACCUUACAGUGUUCACUAUAACCGUCCUUGAGAUGCUGCGCCGUUUCCAGUGGGUUUUCUUUCGGGUCGAGAAUGAGUGGAACAAAACCAACUCGAAAUCGAAUGCCCAGAUUAACAUGAUGGAUAUGCCCAAAGAGGAUGAUCGAUUGCUUGGUUCCAACGUACACAGUGUAUAGACUGACCAAAAAAUAGCAGAUAAUUUCUUCUUCUUCUUCUUCUUCUUCUUCUUCUUCUUCUUUUUUUUCCCUAGCUACAGGAUAUUGAGGGCUUGCAUUUUUGGAAUUUCUGAACUAUAGAAGUUUGAAAAUUUUUACACAGAAACUGAUCUUUUAC